AUGUUAGAUAAAAGAUAAAAGUAGAUUAGUAUGGAUUAAGAUUAUGUUUUAUCAAUAAUAACUAAUUUACAUUCUAACCAUAUUGUUCUGAAUAAAUGCAAAUUUAUAUAAAUAGUAUUACUAAAUAAUAUAGGAAGACAAAAGAAAUUUCAGUUAAGUCUGGCUCAAAUGAUGAUAAUUGCUUCUUUCCAUAAUAAUAGUUAAAUUCUUAGGAAAUACAAAUAAGCAAGCGUAAGGAGAAAUGAAAAAUAAUAAAAUAUUAUUAAAACAUUAACAAAAAAAUUCGCUUAUAAAAACAAAACAUCAUUGUCCAUUUUUAUUUUUCCUCUAUAUUGUUUUGAUCUUAAAAGGUGA